UGAAAAUCAGCAAAAUCCCCAGAAAUUCGAUUUGCGCGAGCCGAAAGUCCCUAGAUUCUUUCCGGCUGUCUUUCAGUGAGCGGUUGCACGUGAAAUUUGUGUUAAAUUGCAAACCUCUCUUUAAAUUACUUCACCCGUUAAGUCAUCAUGCCUUCCGACGCGAAGAAACGCGAACAGCAGCGUAAAAAGGGGGCUGCGAAGGCGCGUCAAGCCGGAAAGAAGGCCCCCAACAAGAACGAAGAGCAAGCUGCGUCCCAGAACGGUGAUUCCAUUUCGCAGAAUGGCUCAGUCGAGCUGAGUGCUGAAGAAGCGCUUUGCGCGAAACUCGAAGCCGAUGCGAGGUUGAAUGCUGAGGCGAGGGCUUGUACGGGCAGCUUGGCAGUCCAUCCCAAGUCAAGGGACAUCAAAAUCGAUAACUUUUCCAUUACUUUUCACGGAUGUGAGAUGCUGCAAGACGCUAUGCUUGAGUUGAAUUGCGGGAGACGGUAUGGAUUGUUGGGGCUGAAUGGCAGUGGAAAGUCGACUAUUCUGGCAGUAUUAGGGAACAGGGAAGUUCCCAUUCCUGAACAUAUUGAUAUUUUUCACUUGACUAGGGAAAUGCCAGCGUCGGAUAAGUCUGCCUUGCAGUGUGUUAUGGAAGUUGAUGAGGAGAGGGUGAGGCUGGAGAAGCUGGCCGAGGAAUUGGUGGCGUGUGAAGAUGAUGAAUCGCAGGAGCAACUCAUGGACAUCUACGAGCGUCUGGACGAGAUUUCGGCUGACACGGCCGAAGCCCGUGCAGCCAACAUCCUCCACGGUUUGGGCUUCACCAAAGAAAUGCAAAGUAAGAAGACCAAGGACUUCAGCGGUGGCUGGAGAAUGAGGAUAGCGUUAGCUCGCGCUCUUUACGUCAAACCUCAUUUGUUACUUUUGGACGAACCGACCAAUCAUCUCGAUCUUGACGCUUGUGUAUGGCUUGAAGAGGAACUCAAACAUUAUAAGAGAAUUUUGGUUUUAAUUUCGCACUCACAGGAUUUCCUAAACGGCGUUUGCACAAACAUUAUCCACGUUAAUAAAAAACGCUUGAAGUACUAUACUGGUAAUUAUGACGCUUUUGUUCGAACUCGCAUGGAGUUGCUAGAGAAUCAAAUGAAGCAAUACAAUUGGGAACAAGACCAGAUCAACCAUAUGAAGAAUUAUAUUGCAAGGUUUGGACACGGUUCGGCUAAAUUAGCCCGUCAAGCUCAAUCUAAGGAAAAAACUCUAGCCAAAAUGGUCGCUGCUGGUCUAACUGAAAAAGUAGUCAGUGAUAAAAUCGUUACGUUUUAUUUCCCUAGUUGUGGAAAAAUUCCGCCGCCCGUCAUCAUGGUACAAAAUGUUAGUUUUCGGUAUAGUGAUGACGGUCCUUGGAUUUAUAGAAAUUUGGAAUUUGGGAUUGAUUUGGACACGAGGCUGGCCCUUGUUGGACCGAACGGUGCCGGAAAAAGUACUCUGCUGAAACUUCUUUAUGGUGACUUGGUGCCCACCGAAGGCAUGAUUAGAAAAAACUCGCAUUUGAGGAUCGCACGAUACCACCAACACCUCCACGAACUCCUAGACCUGGACCUCUCCCCUCUGGAAUACAUGAUGAAGUCGUUCCCUGAAGUGAAGGAAAAGGAAGAAAUGCGUAAAAUCAUCGGACGUUACGGUCUAACAGGCCGUCAGCAAGUUUGCCCCAUUAGACAAUUGUCAGAUGGGCAAAGAUGCAGAGUGGUAUUUGCCUGGUUGGCUUGGCAAGCCCCUCAUUUGCUCCUGUUUGAUGAACCCACCAAUCACUUGGACAUGGAAACAAUCGACGCUCUAGCUGAAGCCAUCAAUGAUUUUGAAGGUGGAAUGGUGCUGGUUAGUCACGAUUUCAGACUCAUCAGCCAGGUCGCUAAUGAAAUUUGGGUUUGCGAGAAGGAGACUUGCACGAAAUGGAACGGAACAAUUCUGGAGUAUAAGGAACACUUGAAAUCGAAGAUCUUGAAAGAGAAUGAUAAACGGAAAUAACUUGUCCAGUUUCUAGGUUUUUCAUUUUUCGAUAAUAGUAAAUUAUUUUUAUGGAAACAUUGUAUGAUCUUGUACAGUUUUUAGAUGAAAUUAAUUUAUUAUUUAGUUAAUACCAGGUUUUGACCUUUUUGCAUUCGCUUGUACUAACCGCAAUUUUUUAUUUAUACAGUCAUUGGGUACACCUUUGCCAUUUUUGGCGAGUUCCAAGGCAAUUAAACCGUUUAACGUUCAAAAGGUAUUUUAUUCGACCAAGAAAUUUAAUUUUCUAUUGCACGACUAUUUUAAGAACACCAAUUUUUAAGAAUGUAGACGUGUUUAGGGCGGGAUAGGUCAGUUCUGGAUUUUACCGUCGUAAACAUUUUAUUUAUAAACUAUACAAAUAAGUAAUAAAGAAUACCAAGUUGUCCGUUU